AUGUCGAAGCCAAGCUUAGCUGAGUUGAUAGCAAUGCAAAAAGCGGGCACCCUCCCGAAACAAUACACCGAGAAGCCGAAAUUUCAAUAUGGUGUUGAUAUGUCAAAUGGUACAAAAGGGACUCAACAACCAACACCACCACAACCUUCUCCUCCUCAACAACAACCACGCCAAGAACAAGGUUCUCAAUUGGCUAUGAUGAACACUAUAGAAACACCCCGAGACACCCCACAACCCACUCCUCAAGUACAACAACCAGUACAACAACAAGCACAACCUGUUCCACAACAACAAAGCGAACCACAACAAAGUGCACCCGCACCAAAAAAGCCGACUCUUGCCGAACUUAUUGCAAUGCAAAAGGCUGGAAAUUUGCCAAAACAAUUUACUCAGAAGGAAAAAAUACCAUAUGGAGUCGACUUGUCCAAUGGAGUACCAAAAAGCACACCAGUGGAACCACAAAAUGCAGAACAUAAGCCGAGUCUGACGGAACUGCUCGCUAUGCAAAAAGCAGGAAAACUUCCCGACGAGUUCCAGAAACGUGGCGGUGCUGCCGAACGACCUGUUGAACAAAAAGAGAGUUUCAUUCAUCGAGAAGUUACGCCCAUGGAAGCCGAAGUUGCGAAAUGGACGAAUUCGCGAGUAUCUGCCGUGAAAGAAGAGAACUUAUACUACAGCGAACGUGAGUUGGGGGUCAUGCAAAACAUGUUUGAGUUUUUCAUGAAGAAAGCGCCCCAGAUCUUGACGACGAUGUUUUCGAAUCGAGACAAGGCCGAAGAGUUAGCAGACGCAGUUCUGAAUUUGACGUAUGGGAAGCGACUUGCUAUGGAUUUUGUUUCUAUGAUGCUGAAAGAGGAAUUUGCGACACAUAAAGAAGCUCAGUCUUUGUUUAGAGAGAACACGAGUGCGACCAGAGUCGCCAAAAGUUUCUUAGGGAAAGUCGGGAGGAAGUAUUUGUUAGACACAUAUAAGAAGUUUGUGUUGGACAUCAUCCACUCGGGCGUGUCCUUUGAAAUUGAUGACCACCGAGAAACAGACCCGGAGAAGCUGAAAGCAAAUAAAGAAGCCCUUUUCGCAGCAUGCCGGAAACUCUUCGACACGGUGAUCAAUUCAUUCGACUUGUUGCCGCCCGGUGUUAAACUGUUGGCGCGAGUGUUCAAUGAGUACGCCGCACAGUACUUUGGCGAGUUAUCUGACGACGCGAGAAAUAACUUGACGGGGUCGUUUAUUAUGCUUCGGUAUGUCAAUCCUGCGAUCUUCUCUCCGGAGAAGUAUGGGAUCGUCGACGACCCAAAAGACAUUUCGAUGGGUGGGCGAAGAAAUUUGAUUUUGCUGUCCAAAGUGUUACAGAAUCUUUCCAAUGGAGUCAGAUUUAUACAAGAGAAAGAGCCGUAUAUGAUGCCGUUGAAUGCACUGUUAGACGAGUACUUAGACAAGUUCAAAAAGUACUUCAGGAAGAUAGUGAAUGUCGCGAAGAACUUCCCAUUUGUGUUAGUAGUUGAAGAUACAGCGAUCACGGAUAUGAAGCCAAUUGCGUUGUUACACAAAGAGUUGUGUGAACGAGCUGAUGAGAUAGUUGGUACCUCAGAAAAUGAGAUCUCACAGGAGUUCUGUAAGUACAUGGUGUCCCUUGGAAACUAUGGAGAUAAGACUGGCAGUGCUGUUGACUUUAGAGCGGAGAUGCAAAUUGGACUGAAGAAGUUCCUUGUUGAGAACAAGUAUGAAGCGGUCUAUGCGUCGAUCUACACUAUGAAAGAAAACAACAAUAAGACGGAUUAUAUACUUGUGGUGACACUUUACACUAUAUUGAUAUUAACGACGGAUUACUCUAUUGUCGAUGAGAUCCACUGUUUUGAUAUUAAAACGGUCAAUUCGAUGAUGAAGACUUCGGUGGUUAUAACUAAAAAGGACGGGAAGAAAAUAGAAGGAGAGACGAUGCACGGGGAUGGCAUUAUAGUUGCUAUGUUACGCGCUUUUAAGUCUUGUUACAACGAAGGAGUCUACGACUUCACUGUGGAGUUACCGCCCCAUCGGAAAGCAAUAAUCGAGAACGUGUUCAGUCUUCAAUCGUUCAAUAAGUGUGGAGGGUUCUCGGGUAUUUACUAUGGGAACUGCACAUAUGACAAAGUUCCUAUUAACGAGUCUGUUGAGGCAUUUAUUGAGUCUUCUAAAGAUGACGAGAAGUCGAAGGAAUUGCUGUGUAAUAUGUUUAACACGAUGGAUCCAAACAACAAAAGUGACUCGUUGAGUUCCAAAGAGUUCCAGCCGGUCUUACGAGCUUUGAAAUGCAACAAGUUCUUCACCAAAUUGAAAGUUGAACAAACGCCAUUGAAUCAGUGCAAAGAUGCAUUAAAAGAGGUCUUUGAACAGAACGAAACGCUUGAAAGUGUGUCACUGAGAGACGUCCAAAUUAAUAGUGAAUGGGAGGAACUCCUUGAUAUUUAUUUGCAGAAGAACAAGAUCCAUCGGAUCAAAGAAAUCGACUUGGCGAACAAUAAAAUAGACGGGAAUGCACUGAGGAUCCUCGCUAAGAUCAUCUCGACCUUCCAAGUUGAAAGCGUCAAUCUGUCGGGGUCUGUCUCUUCAGAGAAGUCGGUCUCUGCGUUCUUCCAGGAAUUCGAAGAAAUUGCAAAUCAGAAGAAACGCCUUCCUUUGGAAAAGAUCGACUUGACGGGUGCCAAGUUUGGGGCAGACGCUAUGGAGUUCAUGGUGACGAAGUUCUCACAAGUCUUCCCGAACAUCAAAGAACUGAUAUUGGCUGAUGCCACUGUACCUAAAGGGGCCACUUUAAUUCCCGUCUUGAAUUACUUAAACUUCUUAAAUGUCGUUGACUUGUCUGGACUUGAAAUAUCAAAGAAGGCGGAGUGCGACUUACCGAAACUCCUUUUGCCAUUAAACAGCUUGAAAGAACUUCACUUACGAAAGUCGGUGAUACCUGGAAAUGUCAUGAAAGACGUGUUACUGAAUAUCAAAGGGACAGGUGUGGCACUGGACUUACAAGCAAUGGAUAUGGACGAGGAGUGUGUGAACACGCUCUCAGAAACUAUUAAACUACUUAAAAGCAUCGUGUCGCUUGAUAUCAGUAAGACGAGUAUUAAGGAUAAGGGACUGUCUAAAAUACUGGAAGGGUUAGUCGAUAACACUGUUAUUGAGACGUUGAAUAUAUCGAAUAUCUAUACGGGAGAUGACACAGAUAGUGUGAUGAAUUCAUUGACGAAAUACUUGAAGAAGACAACUAGUCUGAAACACUUGACUCUUGUCGGCGGGAGUAAAACAGAACAACAAUUUGGAUUAAAUAUGAUCCCAAUAUUAAACGCACUUGUCAAGAACGAUAAUAUAGUCUUCCUUGAUAUCCAAUCACAGGGAAUGGGAAAUAAAGGAGCAUUUGCUUUGGCAAAUCUCUUGAAAAUUACUAAGACUUUGCAGACACUAAAGUGGGACGAGAACCAAACCGGUAUCUUCGGAAUACACGCAAUAGUCGAUUCUAUGAGAGUUAAUACAUCUGUAAAGGAAUUACAGUUGCCAAUUCUGGAUUGCAGAGCACUACAAGUCCAAGGGAAGUUCGGUAAUGGAAAGAUCAUUGGCGAACUUGUCAAGACAGUGCAGAAAAAGUCGGAUAGCUAA